CUACCCCGCAGAGACCUUGGGCGGUGACGUCGCGAUUACCCAAACUUUCGGAAAGUUCUUCACGAGAAAAACAACCACGGAACUGUUGCCUUUUUAUUCCGCAACUUGUCGUCGAAAUGAGAAUAUAUUUAUCACACUGUACAGAAUCUUUAGGAUUGUUCUUGAUAAUCUGUGCAAUAGUAUUUGUGAAUAACUGCAACUGUGUGAUUGAAGACGAUGUGGUGUUGGAGAAAAAAGAUCUUUCCGAACUCUACAACAAGGGUCUGCUCAUCAUGGAGAGUACCCAGCUGAAGCGCUGCAUCUCCUCCUCCUCCUCUAACCUGGUCCUGGAGAGCUGUGAGAGGCCCACCCGCCAUAUGCUGUGGAAGUGGGUGUCUCGCCACCGCCUCUUCAAUCUGGGUAGCAGCCUCUGUCUGGGCCUGAACAUCAGCGACUCCACCCAGCCCCUGGGUACCUUCGAGUGUGACUCACCCCUCCGGACCCUGUGGUGGAGGUGCAAUGGGAAUACGUUGGUGGUGGUGGUCAAGAGGGCCAGUUAUCAUCAGUGGAGGAGGUACUCUACACCGGGGGAGGGGCCAUGUGCCUAUCCUUAUGAGGAGAUCCACACACUGUUGGGUAACUCCCACGGCAUGCCUUGUGCCCUGCCGUUCAAAUACAACAACAAGUGGUACUCGGAGUGCACGGCAGAGGGGCGCGAGGACCACCAUCGCUGGUGUGCCACCACCAGUCAAUACGACCAGGAUGAGAAAUGGGGCUUCUGUCCCAGUCAAGAGUUGGGCUGCGAUACGUUCUGGGACUCAAACCAGGAGAGCCGUGCGUGUUACCAGUUCAACCUGUACACCAUCCUGACGUGGAGCCAGGCCUACUCCUCCUGCCUGGCCCAGGGAGGAAGUCUACUCAGCAUCACUGACCACACUGAACAGAUAUACAUCAGAGAGCGGUUGGCUGACGUGGGGGUGAUGGUGUGGAUCGGACUGAACCAUCUGAGUGAGAGAACAGGGUGGCAGUGGUCUGAUGGAGCUCCUCUGGCCUUGGUCAACUUCACCUCAGGCCUAUCAUCCAGCCCUCUGCAGGACAACAGACAGUGUGGAGUGUAUAACUCGGGGGGGCACCAGUGGCAGAGUCUGUCCUGUGAGUCUGCACUACCCUACAUCUGUAAGAAGACCCCCAAUGAGACUCUCCGUCACCCGCCCACAGAUAACUGUCAGUACUACCGCACGGUGUGUUCCGAGGGCUGGCUGGCCCACAACCGUUACUGCUAUAAAGCCCUGGCAGAGGCUGAGGCAGGGAGCUGGGAGGACUCCUCCACUGCCUGUAACUCCGUUGGGGCCAACCUCACCAGCCUACACUCUCUAUCUGAGGUAGAGCUGCUGCUGGGCCUACUGGCUAACGUCUCAGGGUCUGGCUCAGAGGUGUGGAUCGGCCUGAUAAAACUAUCGUCUUCAGCUGUAGAGUGGUCAGACGGCUCCCCAGUCAACCUCACUCUCUGGCACGAGCACCAUCCUACCCAUAGCAACAGUCAGCUCUGUGCCAAGACUGACGUAAUGGAGGGGAACUGGCUGUUGGCACCAUGCGAUGAGAAGCUCCCUGCAGUGUGUAGGAGAGCAGAACUACUACCUCUACACACCAGUGGAGCAUGGGACGAGGGCUGUCCUGAGGAUUGGAAGUGGAAGGGCCACUCUUGCUACAUGGUGACGAGCCACGAGCAGAGCUAUGAAGACGCUGCCAAGGGUUACCACUGCAAGGCUCCUCUGGUCACAGUGGAAAACAGGUUUGAGCAGACCUUUCUGAACAGCUUGGUAAAUGAGAUGGGAACCAACGGUAGUGUAUAUUACUGGACGGCCCUACAAGACCAGGGGAACCAUGGAGAGUACAGCUGGCUGGGGGGACAUAACGGAUCCACCCUACCCCUGCUCUAUACAAACUGGAACAGGCAUCAGCCAGUCAGUGCAGGUGGCUGUGUGGCUAUGACAGGCAGCCAGGCCUUGGGUCACUGGGAAGUGAAGGACUGCAAAUCCCAGAAGGCCUUAUCAGUGUGUAAACAGAGCGUCAGUGUUUACCAGGAGGUCCUGUUCCCUACAGUCCAUAUUGACGCUUACGCCCCCUGUCCUCCAGGCUGGGAAUCACACUCCGGCCUGCUCCACUGUUACAAGCUCUCUCUGGGGUCCACUGACUGGUGGAUAGGGCUGUCUACGGACCUCGUGAGGGAAGAGUUCAGUGUGAGGGGGUGUGUGUGUGUGUGUGUGUGUGUGUGUGUGUGUGUGUGUGUGCGCCCCUCUGCAGGAUGGUGGCUGAGCGGGCCCCUGGGCGGGGUCGGUCCUCUGUGCACGGUGGUUUCCAACAACCACAACCUCCACCUGACAGGGAAGUGGUUCGACGAGACGUGCACAGAAAGUGGAUAUGGCUUUGUCUGUCAGAGACCCCAAGACGCAGCUAAAUCCCCAUCCCACUCCUACCUCCACCCUUUCCCUGACAAUAUUGAGUUUAAGAACCGCAGAUAGGGCAACAUGAGCUGGUACGAGGCGCUGCAUAUGUGCUUAGAGUCUGAGUCUGAGCUAGUGAGCGUUACCGACCCCUUCCACCAGGCUUUCCUUACUGUCCUUGUCAAUAGAUUGGCAUUCCCCCACUGGAUUGGACUGUAUAGUCAAGACGAUGGGAUAAACUACCAGUGGUCUGAUGGCAGUGACACGGUCUUCACUCACUGGGAUACGGCCGAUGUUGAUGAUUUCAUCCUGGGGGACUGUGUGUACAUGGACGUCACCGGUGGCUGGAGGAGGGCCGACUUUGAGAUGCCGCUCCAGGGAGCCCUGUGUCAUGUCCCACCACCUAAGAGUAAUGCGUUCACCAGCUACGAGGUUGUGUGUCCAUCGACGUGGGUGAGGUUUGGCGCCAGCUGCUACAGCUUUGAGCCCGUGGUCCAGAGAUUGACCCUGGAGGAUGCCGGAGAGCACUGCAAACACAAAGCGAACACGUCAGAGGUCCUGACCAUACAGACAGAGAUGGAAAACAGGUUCGCCCUGGAUCAGCUGUGGUCGUAUGGCUUCCCACAUCAAACCGUCUGGCUGGGGAUGUUCUUCAACACUGACACGGGCUCCAUGGCGUGGCUCGAUGGUUCUCCUAUGGACUACUCCAACUGGAACGUCAAGGCCCCAGACCCCAGCCUGCUGGCAGCAGACACCUGUGUGUCCACCAGGGUGUCUGAUGGGAUGUGGCUCCUCUCUCAGUGCACUGACAGACUGGGCUUUGUCUGCAAAACGAACUCAGAUACGAUCCCUGAGGUAGAGGUGGAGCCACUAAAUGGGUUGCACCACGGUAUCGUCCCAGCCGCAGUCCUGGUGGCCAUGCUGAUCUUCGCCGUGCUGGUGGCGGUGCUCUAGCUCGUCUACAAGAGGAACGUGACGCGCUUCCGCAGACUGCUGUCCCUGGGAAACGCGUACUACAGACAUACUAGUUCCCAGGCCACAGACUCCGGUGGAAACGUUCUCAUCGCAGAUCUGGAAGCUCACUCUGGAGAAUAGGGCUGUGUCCAAAAUGGCACUCUUUCCCCUUUUAGGUGCACUGCUUUGGUCAAAAGUAGUGCACUAUAUAGGCAAUGCGGUGCCUUUUCCAGAUGCACUAUAGGACUUAUUGGAGACAGCAAAAUGGUGGUGUUCUCUAAAGUUGGGUAAAGCAUGGGAAUGGGCCGAACUCUCUGUAUGACUGAACAUUGGUAUGUCUCUGUGUGGGUCUGACAUGGACCACAGCAAGGGAACUUAGAGAAGGAUGUCAGAGCCCAAUUAGCUUUAUCCACUUUAAUCCACAGGAGGCUGCUGAGGGGAGGACGGCUCAUAAUAAUGGCUGGAACAGAGCAAAUGGAAUGGCGUCAGAUGUCUGGAAACCAUGUGUUUGAUACCAUUCAACUGCAGUCAUUACCACGAGCCCGUUUUCCCCAGUUAAGGUGCUACCAACCUCCUGUGCUUUAUACAAGUAGUUGAUGAAUCAGGGACCAAUCGUGUGGCUGAGAGUGAGGGAGUGCAUCUUCGUGUGAAGUAAGUUUUGUCUACAAAGGACUAGAGCUGUUAUCCCAAGUACUUUGACAUUUUAAUGUAGGCAUUUGAAAAUCGAUAGAUAUUCUUUGCACUGUAAGGUUGUUUCGUUAUUAUGGUACAAUGCCAACUGCUCCCACUAAUGCUGGUACCCACUAUAUUUGUGAGUACAAGUCUUUCACGCAGUGAAGACUAGUUUUCUGUACUGCCUUGUACAGGACCAAAACAAUUUUCUUCUUGUUUAAGAUAACAACGGCCGUGAGUCAGUCGUUCUUUACAGCAAAGACAAAGUCAUGCUUUCGUAAUACAUUCUGAAGUCAUCUUCUAUGUAUUUUAUUCAUGAGCAGAAAUAAGACCCCAAAUCAAUUACAAGUUAUGUUUUUGAAAUCUGAAAGUGUCAUUAAGGUAUAGUGUUUCUUUAUUAACACUAUUGCACCAAACUCCAUUAAUGCAACACGGAAAGAUUAUGUUUUAGUUUUUAAUUUCUUUGUUGUCGUUUAUUGCGUAUUUUCCUACACACAGAACACACACUCACACCCUCACAGUAUUUUUAAAAAGUAGUUUAUAAGCACAUACAUGAUAUUCAUAAGAGGAAGUGAAGCAAAAAUAAAGUGAAAAUGAAGGCCUUUAUUUAUGUUUUAUUUAUCAUUACGAGAGUAAUAUGUGUCAUUCACUUCCAUUUUGUUCGUUUGGUCCAUACAUCUGUCAAAAUGUAGGAGUAAAGGAACUUUUAUUGAUGAAACAAAAAUGACGUAACAAAGUGAUGUUAUGUAAAUGGUGGCUUUUUGAGAAAUAAUCCAGUAUUCUAAGUAGACGUAUGUGUGUGUGUUGUUUGUUAUGAGGUAGUCUUUGCUGUGUUACCAGUUGUCGUUUUUGUAUGUUGGGUACACAGAGUUAUUAGAUAUGAAAUAUGUUGAUGUAUUUUUUUCUGUUGUGUGGAUUAGAAAUACCAGCAAGAGGAUGUCACGGAUGCUUGAACAUUUUUACUUUCUCCUGUUGUUUUUUAUCGAUAAUGUUCAUAACAAAUGCUCUGUGCCUUCAGUGUAAAUAAAACGAAGCUAUAUCCAA